GAAACUGGAGCACCUAUGGCCUGUAUGUAUUUACUCAACCAUCCUGAUCAUUAUACUAGCCACAUAUUCAAACCAUUUUACUGGUGCAGCUACAAGUAUGAAGUGAUGAAAGCCUGGACUGAGGAAGACAUAUGGCAUAAUCUUGACCAGAACCCUGUCAAGGUGGUCAUUGGAAAGAGCAAGGACAGUUUUGUUGGCAUAUCCCAGCAGAUUGAUUACAUCCACAGGCCUACAAAAUAUGACCAUGUUAGCCUAUAUGACUGGAUCCGACUGGCUGAAAAACAGACCAUGGGUCGUGCAAAAAAGCAA